AUGAAAGCUACUCAAUUGGCUACUUUGAUAGUAGUGACUUUAAUAUCGCUCACGUCUGCUCUUUCGAACCAGCUUUUAGCAAAAGAAGCAUCCAAAAAUAAAGGUACGAUAAAACUAACCAAUGGCAAUUUUGAAAGGGUUCUAGGAGGUAAAAAGGAUGCUUACAUGGUCGUUCUCUUGACCUCUACUAAUCCGCAAAUUGGCUGCACUCUGUGCGCGGAACUGGAACCAGAAUUUAGUACACUUGCUGACUCGUGGUAUCAAGAUCAUCGUGACGGCCUCUCCGCAGAUGGAGAAAAAGCUCUUUUCUUUGCUAAGGCCGACUUCGAGCCCAAGAAAAACAACGAAGUGUUUGUGCAUUUCAAAGUCAACAAUGUACCCAGACUUCUCUUCUUAAGCCCCGACCAAGAUUUCCACAGCUUCAACCAAAUUAACCUGCCGGGAGAAAGUGGGCUCACUAGAAUUGUCGCUGUCUUGAACACUUUAAAAGACGCCACGGGAAUAUCUGACUUUCAAGUUCAUCAACCCAUCAACUGGGGUUCCAUCGCGAUCACGGCCGUUUCGACCGCCGUGGUUACGCUUUUCAUCAAGAAAUACAAACCCAUUGCUGUUAAACUGGCGACCUCCAGAGCCAUCUGGGGAGUUGGAACGGUGUUUGUUAUUGUUCUUUGGAAUGCAGGAUAUAUGUUCAACUCUAUUAGAGGUAGCCAAUUUGCAGGUAUGUCUCAAGACGGAGGCGCAGUGGUUUAUUUCAUGGAAGGACAGCAGCAAAAUCAAUUUGGUAUUGAAACCCAAAUCAUUAGUGUCAUUUACGGCAUACUCGCAUCCUGCACAGUGGGCCUCAUAGCAUUUGUUCCUUACGCAAAGCAGUUCUACUCUAAAGACAAAGCUGGCAGACCUUCACCUUCGAAGGCGUCACUGAUCGAAUUAGUAUUGACACUUUCUUUCUUAGUCACAUUGUAUGUGAUCUACAGUGCCUUAACCGCAGUAUUCGGCUUGAAAAGCUCUGGAUACCCAUUCAGGCUGUUCAAGUUCCCUUCUAGUUAG